UCUUCUGCGCGCCAACCAAGCACGCCGCCCGCCGCCGCGCUCCCCGGAAGCGAACACCACCACACCCCACCACCGCGCGCCCUGGAUCCUCAACCGCUGCCUAUUUCUAUUUCCUCCCCCGCGGACCACCACCAAGCUCCACACCGCAAGCCAAGCAACCUCGUCCGGCCGCAGUUGACCGUCACAACUCAGGCGAUAAGAGCAGGUUGACCAUGUUGGCGAGGCUCAUGGCGCGGCUCCGCGGCGGGGACAACGGGGGGCGCCGGGCCUGCUACGGCAUCGCGGCGACGUGCGCGUGGCUGCUCCUCUUCUGCGUGCUCGCCGUCGCCCUACGCAGCGCCUGGAAGGCCUUCGCGUUCGCCAGCCUCGCGCUGGUGGCCUUCGGCGCCGUCGACCACUUCGCGCCCGACAUCUGGUGCGCCGGUGCGCCAAGGGACGACGCGGGCGGGUCGGAGCGACACCAGUCCACGGCGGCUUCCGUGGCGGCUCGACGGUUCGGGCUCGGGCGUGCCGCGAUCGACGCUCUGCCGACGUUCGCGUAUGGUGCCAAGGGCGGCGGCGACGACGUCGACCUCGAGUGCGGGGGUGACAGCGCGUGCUCGGUGUGCCUGGAGGACCUGCGGGCCGGCGAGCUGGUGCGGCGGCUCCCGGCGUGCAGGCACGUGUUCCAUGUGGAGUGCAUCGACAUGUGGCUGCACUCGCACCGGAGCUGCCCUCUCUGCCGGUGCGACCUCUCGCCGCCGCGGAAGCUUGUUCCCAAAACGCCAACGGUGGAGAGUGAAACGCCUGUUGAGGAUGCUUUGCCUGCGGCGGCGGUUUCAGAGACGGGACCGCCGGCUGAUGAUCAUGAUGCUUCGCCGCCGGUGGUGACAGUGGAGACGAAACCGCCUGCUGGUGUUUUGCCGACGGUGUAGAUCCUGUGUUUAAGAAUUUUUUAGGCUAGAGAAUGUCAUUUUUCUGCACGUCACCCAUACACACAGUAGGAUCCUCGCUCUUUCGUGUUGUAAAUCUUGUGCAUUCCUCUGUAUUCCGCCUGUAUAUACAUGCUGAGACUUGAGACUA